GAAACAUAUUUAUUCAAUAAUCUUGAGUAUAAAGAUUUAAGUUCUUUUUUUACAUGUGCUUAUAUAUUAUUUCUUUACACUUUGCGCUAUUUAUUUUGACAGUGUAAAAUUUUUUCAAAAUUUCUUGUUGUUUAGUUUGACAGCACAAUAUAAAAGACAGAGAAUCAUUAAUUUAUUAGUAGAAAGUGCGCGAAUGGUUAAAAAAUCAAUGUUCAUCGUAUAAUACCACGUGUGUAUAGUUAUGAAUUUCAUCGUAGGCGUGUGUAACGAUCGAAACGCUCCGUUUAGUAAUGAUAUUAAGAGCUUGCAGAAAGUUUAGAAAGUAUAUAUUGUCAAAAAAUAAAAAAAAUAUUUCGAAUAAUAAUAUACACGCGUAUAUUAAAAAGAGUUUCAAUAUUUCAUAAUAUUGAUAAAGAAAAAUGCCUAAUGGUCGAAGAAGCGCAGUGCAUAACGUAAUGCCACCGCACUAUCUACAUGAGUUGCCGGCAGAAGACGAGAAAAGAUUUGAACAAAUAUUUCAAAAAUUAGAUUUAGAUGGAAAUGGAAGAAUUGAUGUAAAAGAUUUGUCCAAGGCACUUCGUGAUGUGGGUGUCGAUAAAUAUUAUGCGGAGAGAUUUUUAGCCAGAUCGGAUAGUACUAAGAGUGGUGAUAUCACACUUGCAGAAUUUAUACAUUAUGUCCGCGAACACGAAAAAAAUCUGCGUUUACAAUUUUCACAUCUUGACACAAAUAAAGAUGGUAAAAUUGAUUUAGAGGAAUUAAUAAAAGCAUUUGAAGAAUUGGGAAUAAAAAUGGAUUUCAAUGAAGCAAAAAAAUUAUUGCAACGGAUGGACAAAGAUGGAAGUCUCACUAUAAGUUUUAAUGAAUGGCGAGAUUUUUUGCUUUACGCGCCAAGUUCUGAUCUUUUGGGUCUUAUCGAAUAUUGGCAUCAUACAAAUUAUAUGGACAUCGGGGAAGAUAUUGGUGUCCCCGAGGAUUUUACAACUGGUGAGAUGGUCUCUGGAAUGUGGUGGCGACAUUUGGUGUCCGGUGGCGUAGCAGGUGGUGUAUCACGCACAUGUACUGCACCUUUAGAUCGUAUUAAAGUUUAUCUACAGGUGCAUGGAACGCGACAUUGCAAAAUCAAAAGUUGCUUCAGGUAUAUGCUUCGUGAAGGUGGUUCUCUUAGUUUGUGGAGAGGAAAUGGUAUAAACGUACUUAAAAUCGGACCAGAAAGCGCUUUGAAAUUUAUGGCCUAUGAGCAAAUUAAGAGAGCGAUUAAAGGAGAUGAUGUUAGAGAGCUCGGACUUUACGAACGAUUAAUGGCGGGAUCAUUAGCUGGCGGAAUUAGUCAAUCAGCUAUAUAUCCACUUGAGGUACUCAAAACUAGAUUUGCACUUAGAAAAACAGGAGAGUUUUCAGGUUUAGUAGAUGCAACAAAAAAGAUAUAUAAACAAGGAGGUUUAAAAUCUUUUUAUAGAGGUUAUAUACCUAAUUUAAUGGGAAUAAUUCCAUAUGCUGGUAUUGAUUUGGCUGUAUAUGAAACUUUGAAAAAUAGGUAUUUACGAACACAUGAUAAAAAUGAACAACCACCUUUUUGGAUAUUAUUAUUAUGUGGAACAGCUUCAAGUACAGCCGGUCAAGUAUGCUCAUAUCCUUUAGCAUUAGUUAGAACACGAUUACAAGCAGAUAUAUCACCAGGAAAACCAAAUACUAUGAUUGCUGUUUUUAAAGACAUUAUUAAAAAUGAAGGAAUUCGCGGUUUAUAUAGAGGCUUAACUCCAAAUUUUUUAAAGGUGGCACCAGCUGUAUCCAUUAGUUAUAUAGUAUAUGAAACUGUUAGAGAUUUUUUGGGUGUUAAUAUGACGUGAUGAUUAUUUAUUUUAGGCUGUUCCUAAGAAUUUUGCAGCAGCUUCAUCUAAGAUCCAAUAUAAUUCUCCAUUGUGUGGUUGUACACGAGCAGCUGGCACAUUUUCUUUGUCUUGCAAAAUUCGCUGUGAGAUAUUAAAUAUUUAAAGUAAAAUAAUAACUUUCAUAUAAAUUAAAUAAAUUUAAAAAUUAUUUUUCUUUAAUUUUUAAUAAAAUAAUUACCUUAAUAAUUUCUGCUUUGCUAGAUCCAGUAACAGCAAAUAUGCAUUUUUUUGCAUUAUUUAUCACAGGAAGAGUAAGAGUAAUACGAGAUGAUGGUGGCUUAGGAGAAUCAUUUAUAGGACAGACCCAUAAACUGGCUUCAUUCAAAAGCUUAUGACCAGGGAAAAGAGAACAUAUAUGUCCAUCUAGACCCAGUCCCAAAAGAAGAACAUCAAAACAUGGAACACGGUCAGGAGGAAAAAAAACGGACAUCUUCUUAAUAUAAUCUUUUGCAGCAUCUUCAGC